UUGUGAGGUUAAGUGUUUCCAUCAGAAGAUAAACAAUUGAUUUUGGGAGUUUCCGUAAAUUUGCUGGAUUUCCUGCCAUGUUUCCUCAUCUUUCAGGCUGGAGGGUCAACAUUGGACAACUUCAGGAAGCCUGCGCGAAGGAAUUGCUGGGAAUUUUGGAAAAAUGUGAAGGAACAAAGGCCAUAAUCUGGGAUGAGAGCCUUGCAGGACCUGUUGGAUUGAUUGCAAAAUAUACAUUCCUGAAGGAACAUAAUGUGACAAAAAUGUUCCCUCUCAGUGGGGAUCCACUCCCGGACAUUGAUGUGAAGAGUAUAAUCUUCAUAACUCGCCCCAAUUUGAAGCUGAUGAGCUACAUUGCUGAUAACAUACACAGCGAAGAGAGAAAGCGCAAAACAACAAUUAAAAAGGAUUUUCAUCUGUAUUUCCUGCCCAAGAAGUCCCUCCUGUGUGAGAAGCACCUGAAGAAUAAGGGCGUUUACGGAAGUUUGAGUCAUGUUGGGGAAUUUCGAUGUGAUUUCUUUCCCGUUGAUAAUGAUUUGCUCUCAAUGGAGAUAAGGGAUGCCUUCCGAGAGUUACACAUUGAGGGAGAUCCCACAUGCCUGCAUCAGAGUGCAGUGGCUCUUGUCACGCUGCAGCGUCUCUAUGGGCGGAUUCCGCGUGUCUGCGGAAAGGGAAUCUAUGCUGAGAAAUUGUGGGAGCUUACAAAAUCUCUCGGCAGAGAUGACACCCAGAUUGGGCAGGGAAAUGAGAAGGGUAGCAUCGAUCAUAUGGUUAUCCUCGAUAGAUCAGUCGACCUUAUGAGUGUUCUGGCCACGCAACUCACGUACGAGGGGUUAAUUGAUGAAAUCUUCGGCAUCAGCAACACCACCCUCCAUCUUCCGGCAGAUCGCUUCAGGCGUACCGAUGAACAACCUUUGCCGGCUCUCUCGACAACCGAAACAAAGCAGAUAAUCCUCAAUUCCGGCGAAGAGCUCUACGGAGAGAUUCGCGAUAAGAAUUUCAAUGCUGUUGGGCAGAUCCUCUCCAGGCAUGCAAACAGCAUCUCAACAGCACUUGAGGAGAGGCACGGAGACAAAUCCGUGUCAGCAAUGAAGAAAUUCGUUGAGCGAUUGCCCAUUAUGUUGGCGAAGAAGGCAUCUUUGGCCACGCACACCACCAUUGCGGAACUCAUCAAGGAGGUAACGGACUCCCCAACCUUCCUCGAUGAAUUGGAAUGCGAACAGGAGUUCCUCAUGUGUGCCGAUGUCGAUCGUCCCAGUGCCUUCAUUGAAGACCUCAUAGCGAAGCAGGCACCCCUCCGGAAUGUUCUUCGUCUCAUUUGCAUGCAAAGUCUCGCGGGUUCAGGGCUCAAAUCCAAAGUCCUGGACUACUACAAGCGGGAAUUGGUGCAAGUGUACGGCCUCGAGUGCCUCCUGACGUUGAGUAAUCUCGAAAAAGCCGGUCUCCUGCGACCACAGACCGGCAAUCGCAGCUACGCCAUCCUCAGGAAGAUGCUCAACCUCACCGUGGACGAUGCUGUGGAAGUCUCCCCGAAGGAUAUAAGCUACGUGCACAGUUUCUAUGCUCCGCUCUCGGUGCGCCUCAUUGAGCAUCUACUAAAGCCAAACGGAUGGCAGGGGCUAAAUGAUGUGCUCUCAUGCCUCCCUGGACCAACCUUUGAUGACUUCCAGGCUUCUCCGUCAUCCUUCGGCACCCGCAGGGGCUCCUUUACGAGCGAAAUCAGUCAAUCGGACAUUCCACGAACUAUUCUGGUCUUCUUCCUCGGUGGAUGUACCUUCGCCGAGGUGGCUGCGCUGCGAUUCUUGGCUCAACAGGAGGAGAAUAAUGUGGAAUUUAUUAUUGCCACUACGAAGCUCAUCAAUAAGAACACCUUCCUGGAUUGCUUCAUCGAAAAGGCAUCAACAGAAUAGAUCUCAUUGACUCUUAUCCACCUCCUGAAAGAAAUAUUUACUACAUUUUUAUAAAAAGUAUAAAAUUAAUAAUGUCGCUAUGCUUGAAGCAUGAUUGAUUUUGCUUUGAAUAUUAUUUUAUGUUGAAAAAAAAAUACAAAAAUAAUUUUAUCCACAA